AGCUUACCGGAUGACGUGUUGCAUCGCCGCGGUCCGACGCUCCGCGUUGUGUUUUCUCUUCCCUGGGGCCACAGUGUUUUCAACGGGACUCACUCGACUUACUAAAUUACUGGACUCGCCAUGGCGGCUUGACCCAGUCUGAAGUACUCGUCUUCUGUCGUUAUCGCGCCGAGACAUUUGCAGAAACUUUUCCACAUAAACUCUCGUCUUUUGUCUAGUUUUUAUGUCAAGAAAUAAGGAUGCAACCGCCUCCGAGAAAGGUCCGGGUCACCCAGGGACUGAAACAAACACAUGCGGAGCAGAUGAACAGAUUACAAAUCAAACACCAAGCUGAAUGUGACCUCCUGGAAGACUUGAGGAGCUUUAGCCAGAAGCGGGCUGCUGUAGAGAGAGACUACGCCCAGGCUCUGCAGAAGUUGGCAAAUCAGUAUCUGAAGAGGGAACUGCCGGAGAUCCUAACCGAUGAACAAACAGACCACAGGAACAUGUAUUGUGUGUGGAGGGCCUAUCUGGAGGGCACAGUCCAAGUCACCCAGUCUAGAAUUAGUGCCUGUGAUAACUACAAAGUCCAGGUAGCCGACCCGGUCAAAACAGCCAGACUACAGAAGGAGCAGCAGCUCCGAAAGUCUAUUGAACAGUUGGCAAUGGUUCAAGCUGAGCUGCAGGAGUCGGUGAAGGAGCUGACCAAGAGCAGGAAAAACUACCUGGAGGCCGAGGCGAUGGCGCAGGCUGUGAGAGAGAAGGCAGAGCUGGAUGCCAAGUCCAAGCUGAGCCUCUUUCAGUCCAGAUCCAGUCUUCAGAGAGCAAGUGUAAAGAUUAAGGCCAAGAGAAGCGAGUGUAACUCCAAAGCCACUCAUGCCAGGAACGACUACCUUCUCACACUAGCAGCCGCUAAUGCUCAUCAGCAGCGCUAUUACAACACCGACCUGAUGGAGUGCAUCAAGAUUUUAGAUGGCAGAAUAUAUGAGCAGGUAAAAGAUUAUCUGGUCUCACUAUGUCAGACUGAGCUGGAAACUCACGAGACUGUCCACAACACGUUCAACCAGCUUCUGCACAGCUCAAACGGGGUGCUGCAGGAGUUUCACCAGCAGCUGUUUGUACAGAAGAACUCGAUGUUUCAGCAAGCUCCAGACUUCCUGUAUCAGCCCAUCGACUCGGAUACGGUGACACAGCUGCAGCGAGAGAGCGGAACAGCGGAAGAGCACAGCCUGGACAAGGAGGCGAGGAAAUGGGCUAGUCGUGUGGCUCGAGAGUACAAGAGCAUCAUCCACACACAGAGGGCACUGGAGGAAUAUGGGACCCAGGAGCUGUCCGAACAGAACAACAGCGAGCUGGAAACCAAGAUGGAGGUGGCCCGGCAGAGUCUUCGGAGGGCAGAGACAGUGAAGGUUAAAGCAGAGGCCCGUCUGGAUCUGCUACGGCAGGCAGGAGUUGCUGUUGAAACAUGGAUGAAGAGUGCCAUGAACCAGGUGAUGGAGGAGCUGGAGAAUGAACGCUGGAACAACCUCAGUACCCACGAUCCUUCACUUUCUGGCACUGCAGAUCUGGACAGGGAGGAUGAGGAGGAGAUGGAGGACAGCGGAGAGGUGUUGGAUGACAGCAGCUCCAGUCCAUCCAGUACCUUGAGAAACUAUCCUCUCAUCUGUAAAGUGCUCUACUCCUACAAGGCCUCUCAGCCAGAUGAACUCACGAUCGAAGAGCAAGAAAUCUUGGAGGUUAUUGAUGAUGGUGACAUGGAGGACUGGGUCAAGGCCAAAAACCGCAGCGGUCAGGUUGGCUACGUUCCAGAAAAGUACUUGCAGCUACCUUCCUCCAACAGCCUGCUGAGUAUGCUGCAGUCUCUGGCCGCACUGGACGCCCGCUCUCAUUCUUCCAGUAACUCCACUGAACCUGAAACUGAGCUACCAACUGGCUCUGUCAACGGAGACUCCAGUGGUGAGGUGUCAUUUGCGAAGGCCCUGUAUGACUAUGCGGGGCAGACGGAUGAAGAGCUGUCAUUUCCAGAAGGUGCCAUCAUCCGCAUCCUGAGCAGAGAGACCCACGAGGAUGACGGCUUCUGGGAAGGAGAGUUCAACGGUGUCGUUGGCGUCUUCCCUGCAGUUCUCGUGGAGGAUCUCACCAGUGCCAGUGAGAAUGGAGAUGGACCAAAGGACGGCAGUGCCCAGUUUCAGGCUUCCCCUUCUACAUUUGCUCAGUGCGACCGAUCGCCUCGUAGUCCCUUCCAGCCCGGACCUCUGCACAGCAGCCCUCUUCAGACGCCCACCAUGUCCUCCCCUCAGUCGAGUCCUCGCAGCGCUACAGCCUCCCCUAUAGGCCUGCCACCCUCCUAUCACAACGGCCAUCACAGGCCACCUCCAGCUCCACAUAAAAGUCCCUUUCAGAGUCCAGUUCAAGGCUCCCCUCAACCUCCAAAAUACCCAGAGAGCGGAUCUGGUACCAUUCGGCCUGUUCGCGCUGCUCCUCCGCCUCCAAAGCAGCAUCCUCGCGGGCAGGUGAAGCGGCGGGAGGAGGUGGAGAUCACGCUGGUGUGAAGGUGACACCCUGGCGGUGGCAGCGACAGCAGCUCGGCUGAAACAUGCUAGGACUUUGUGAAUCUGUGCCUCUAAACACACACUCCCAGAGGAAACUCCUGUCGGGCUGGGAGAGGCCCUGCACUCUAACCUCUUAUCCAUUCACACAACGUUAAAAGGCUGUGGAGGGAAAUUGUGCCUUUCUCUUAAUAUACUCUAACAUUUCCUGAACUCCCUUACCUCACAUUUAUCUUUUAUUUGACUUAAAUGAUAAAUAUUGUAAUUUUUAUUCAAAGUUAAGAAUCCCUGCUCCAUCUAUUUCCCAUAUGUGAAUCAGUUGAAUAUUUCAUUUCACAUGAUAGAAUUCAUGUGAUAUCUGUGAGAUAAUAAACACUCACUGGCCUCUUUAUUAGGUAGCUACUAGUUACUCAUGUAGUUCAGUCCAAUAUAACAACAACAACAACAACCCACCAGUUGUCACUGUAACAUUUACUGUGCAGCUCUUUAACUCUGGUAUCAAGCUGUCGAGUCUUAACAAUUCGAUUCAUUCUAUGCAACAAAGUUCUAUUUGUAAGGACUUCACAGCAUGUUUUGAACAUGUCAACACAAACCAAACGUCUGGUCGUCUCCACACUCAGUCAAAACGCCAGCAACAGGUGAGGCUGGUCCUCUCCUCGAGCACAUGUCCUGUAACUGCACACAGUUACGCAAACAAGGGAAAGUGGCAAUUUUAGUUAGUGACUCUUACGUCAGUAGGGAGAAUCUCCUGCAAAGGUCUGAUCAGAAAAAUUGAUCCUUUUUAUGGUUAGUUUUAGACCCCUAUUCUUAUGUUGGUUUUCUUUGCACGAAAUGCUGAGAAAUGACUAAACAUUUAAGGGGGAAAUGUAGUAUGUACAAGCAUAGUGUAACAUUUUUUUCCUUCAUAUUUUGUAAAGAUUAGAAAUCUUGUGACACCAGAAAUGUUUUUCUGGUGAAAGCAUUGAUUUGCUGAGGAGAAGGAUGCAGUUUACACUGAGGUCAUGUGUAGUUUAAACAUGCCUUUAUUUUGAAAGAGGAAACCAUCCUGAGCUGCUAGCUGUCCAACUUAAUAUCUAUACUGUCUUAGUGAAGCACUUUUUGAUGUCUUCUUAUUCCUUUACAGUAUUGUGGAUGCUACAUUGUUUAAUAUUUUGUUUGAUGUUUUGCUUAUCAGAUAUAUUGCUAUAAAUUCUUUUAUCAGCUCAUUAUUUAGACUUAAAUAGUCAUUGUAGUGUCUUUGAGAUUUGACCUUUUGAUCAUUGAUUGUUUUUGAAAUAUUAAUAGUUUACAGAGAGUAUGGAGAUAAAUAUCUGUACAAAUAAUAGCACAGCUUUUGUUUUUUUGUUUUUAUAGAUUUAGUAUUAUAAACCUAUUAAUCCAUAGUUCAAUUUAAUCAGAGGAAAGAGAUAUCUGUCAGCCAUGUUGCUGUGCUCUCGUUGAUCUCCUUGAGAUCUGAAUGACCUCAAACUUAUUUUUGAAGUUUGCAUUUACCCAGCUGUAUUAAAAAAAAGUUCAUUGUCAAACCUACGGUUCUUUUCCGAAACAAAGAUGUUCCUGUUGCUACUGGUUCUGUGGUAGUUCUGAAUCUAAAAGUUCAGUCACAACCUGCCCAUGUUUUACAGUAUAAGCUCUGCAGAGCCUGUUGAGCAUUAUAUUUACACACUAUUGGAUGUUUAACUGUAUUUAUUGUGUACAAAUAAAUGUGAAAUAAAGAUAGCUUACAUGAAACAGA